CGUCACUUAGUUUAUAAUAUGGCGGAUUGAGAUUGUCAAAUCUGCUAGAUAUUACAUGUUUUACGUGACAAUUUUUCGAACAUGUAAGAACAUCACAGCUCUUAAAUUUAGCAAGUUUGGGAGGAUGUUUCGAUAACAUUCCAACCACAGCAUUGCUGUUGUGCAAACCAUCAUGGAUAUCGAGCCUCUUGUCGAGGAUUUCCAGGAGCUUCAGCUGGAUAGAAUCGCCCCUGCAACACAAUCAGCUAUAAAUUUGUUGAAGACUGAAGAAGAGCUUGAAAAACUCACUGUAGAUGAAAAGCUCAAUGAUAUUGAAAGAGCAGUGUAUCUUCUAAGUUCUGGGCAGGAUAUCCAAAGGUUAAGUGUGAUCAGCAAUUUACCCGACCUCCUUCGUGAGCACAAUGUGGACUGCAUGCGAAGAGUGGUGCCGAAAGUCAAGUGUUUAGGUACUGCAGUGGCCAAAGGUCAACUGUCCAAGUCCGUCCAGUCAAGAUUAGCUAGUUGCAGAAUAUUGGGAAAAAUUGCGCCCAAGUUUGAUGCUUUUAUUAUCAAGAAGGAGAUUCUUCCUGUAGUGCAGUCCCUGUGUCAGGACGUUGAUUAUGAAGUGAGGGGCUGCAUGUGCAGGCAGCUAGAUUCUGUUGCUAAAGGACUCGGGCUUGAAGCCACUAAAAGUGCAAUAUUACCAGAGUUGGUGGAACUCGCCAAUGAUGAAGAGAGUUAUGUGCGUCUGGCCGGCAUAGAAACUGUAGUCAAUAUCCUUAGUCUGCUGGAUGAUGAAACCUGUAAUGCAACCAUCAUUCCUCUGGUGUGUAAGUUCUGCCAGCAGUCCCUUCAGAAUGAGGACCCUACCCUACCAGUGGUGGCCAAGCUGAUAGGGAAGCUGUGCCAUGGGUUGUCAGUGAAUCUAACAGAGGACCAGAAACAGUGGUUUCUUGAUUUCUAUAGGAAAUUAAGUAGAGUAGGCCUCUCAGAGAAAACAAAAACACCAAGAGAGGGAGAGCCUUUAAAUUCACCUGCAAAGGUGCCUGUGAUAGCUAGCAUCUUCCCAGAUGAGGACAGAGCUGUGGAGUGCCGAAAGAAUGCUGCCUUCAAUUUCCCUGCUAUGGUAGUGAUGACUGGGGCCCGCCAGUUUAAAACAGAGCUGUAUCCUACCUUUAGCAGUUUGUGCAAUGAUCCACACUUAGCAGUAAAGAAGACUAUAGCACACAGUUUCCAUGAGGUUGUGAAGCUCCUUGGCAGCUCUGUGCACUGUGUUCAGGGGGAACUGAUUUCACUGCUCAAAGACGAGUCCAUAGAAAUACUCAGAGGCCUAGUGCCUCAUAUAACAGAGACACUAGAUUAUAUGGUGAAGGCAGGAGGGAGUGCAAUCACGGAAGCUAAAAUGAACGCAAUGUCCGACGUGAUCCCUGCCCUCCUAGCCUGUGAAACUGUACUGUCAGGAAGUAACGACUGGAGGUUACAUGCACAAAUCAUGGAAAGCUUCUCUUGUCUUCCCAAAGUGUUCACAAGUGACCAGAUUUAUUUUAAGUUUAUACCUCUGCUGUUCAAGAAGCUCCAGACAGUGAGGCCUUUACCAGUGCGGCAUGCUGCAGCUCGGACAAUAUUAAUCUUGAUAAGGAAUAAUAGGAAAAUGGAACACAGGCAGGAAUUGAUAUGUCGGCUUGUGGAUGAAUACUGUCAUGGGAAGAGUUGUUAUAAAAGAAGCUUAUUCAUAGACAUUUGCAAAAUGGCAAUGGAACUUUACUCAAAAAGCUUUUUCAAGGAGUAUUUCUUUGAGUUUGUGUUAGAGCACGCCACAGAUCCCGUCCCAAAUAUUCGCUUGCGAUUAUGCUCCGUCCUACCCCGUCUGAAGACUAUACUGCGUCUCCCUGCUGAUCGCAACUUAUUGCAGCAACUAGAAUCAUGUGUUAGGAAAUUAUUGAUUAAUGAGAGAGAUCGAGAUGUUACAGCUUCUGUCAGAAAGUCUGUGGAAGAAUUAGAUAAGAUAACUGUUCCAAUGGAUUCUAUGGGCAGAAAGACUACGGUCGAUGAUGACAUUGUAGACCAAAGGAAAGAGGAAGAAGAGAAAAUGCUUAUAGAAAUGGAAGAGAAGUCUCGUAAAGAUGAACCAGAGACAAAAAGUUCCAAGAAAGAAGAGGGGAAGAAAAAGGAUAAGAAGGAUGUGGCCUGUAAAAUCCCUGCUCCAAAAAGAGCCUCUAAAAUACCUGCUGCCACUAGUACAAGGCAUCAACUUGAGAAGUCCAGAUCCGAGAGAGAAUUAAAAGCUGGCAGCAGUAAUGAAAAUACUACACCUAGUAAAGGUAAUAAAACAGUCAAAAGUUUGAAGAAUACCACACCUUCCCCAACUUCCAAGUCUCGGUCCCCGGGCAGUGCCAGCAGCAUAGGGUCAGCAUGCAGCACUAACAGCAGACGUAGUUCAGCUAGCUCAACAUAUAGUUCCUCUAGUAGUGUACCUUCUCCAUCACCAAGUUCAGCUGGUAGAAGGCGUCUCAACACUGGAAGUCCCCUUUCUAUUGCAAGUCCAGAUUCAUCAUCAUAUAGCACAACAAAUGGUGGAACUGCACAGAAGAAAAAUAGCCAGCCUGGAGUCAGUGGGGUACCAACAGCAAAAAGGAAGACCUCGAUGUCCAAAUGACCCCCCAGGUUUCCUGCUGAAGCAGGAGUAGUGCAAGUCUCUUGGCAACACUCAGUGGGGUGAAAGGCAUUGAUGGGAGUAGACCAAGCAAGGGACAGGGGAUGCUAUCAGCUCCCCACCUCCUCCCUAGAUACCAGUGCUAUCAUGUGGAUUACAAUCAACUUCUGGUGUAACCAGCUUUUCUAAAAAAAUAAAAAAAGAAAAGGUUGUGAAAGUAGGGGCUUGCAUAUUUUGAAAAUGUCUGGCAUA